AUGUCUUGCAUGUGUUUUUAUGAUAUUUAUGAAUUCAACACCAACAAAAUCAUUCAUUUCUACUGUGACUUGACUUCAGAACCUGGGUCAGCGUGGACGUUGGUCAUGUCGUAUGCUUUGAAGAACAAGUUAACAAAUUCGUUGCAAAGUAGGACCUUCCAGCAGAAUGUCCCCAUAAAUGAGCGAUCACCCAACUGGGAUAUUUAUCGUAUGAGCAACUCACAAAUGAAUUAUAUGAAGUCCCAGUCAACCCAUUGGAGAGUAACGUGCAGUUAUCCAAAGAACAAAGUUGAUUAUAUAGAUUAUGUGAGAUCAAAGUUUUCUGAUCUUGAUGUGAUGACUUUUUCUGGUUCUGAUAUUUCAAUCAUUGAGAGUAGUGUUUCAGGUUGUCAGUUUGACGCUCGCAUUGGUUCUGUAUAUUCUGAGGAUAACUUUGGCUACUAUGGUGUGUUUAACAAUAAGUUCCGUUGCACAGAAAAUCAGGUUUCCACAACAAACUGGUGGUUUGGAGCUUAUAAAUAA